GUUAAAGGUUACUGUCAUUGCCCGCAAUAAAGUUACGAGAGGCCCAGUUCUAAAUGGAAGCAAUCCUCAUAAAAGUCAUAAACAAACCAUUUCACGCAAUGGAGCCGAGCGUGCGAAAACACAAACAGUAGGCAAGUAAUCGUGGGAACACUCUCGUACUCAGUUUAGCAGAGUUUCGAGACAAUGUCGGUUCUUGCGUUACUUUCUUUGCUUCUAUUGUGCGCCGCUCAUCCGCGACAGAAUUUCCGAUGUCUUUUUUACAAAGGCGAAUGUGUACCCCACUGUCCACGCAACAUGCACCCGUACCACACGCGCUGCGAUCAAGAUACAAUGUCUCAGCGCACUUGCACUUCCAGAUCUAUCUAUCCAAUAGGGUUCACAUGCGGCUGGUCGCGCUGCGACUGCAACGCUGAUCUUCUUCUGGACGAGGAGCAAAUGAACUGCGUGAAGGAAGAAGAGUGCCCAGAUCCGGGUCUGCGCCGGCGCAAGUCCCGGCGUCGGCUGCACUUGCCUCAGGGCACCGACAGCGAUGAAACGAUUAAUAUUGGCUAAUGAUCCAAUGCUUUUUUAGAACAUUUGAAGGGUACACGAAAAGAAUAUGUCUAUAAUAGUCACUCUCACAACGUUUUGACUUAUUGCUGUUUGAAAGGAACGAUGUACAUAAUAAUGUAAAACAUAGGAGAUAUUUCGAUUAGUUUAAAUUACCCCGCAGUUUAAAUUGCCCCCCCUGCACCUUAGGUGGUUUUAAAGUAAGAAAAAAAGGAGUUUUAUGAUUAUAGAGGUAACCGAAGUUGUUACUAAUAUGUAUAGUUCAUUGAGAGCUCUACGUUUUGAGAUUAAAAUCUCAUUUUUCAAAAAAUCGACGAGACGCAUGUUAUUACCGUGUACCCUUCAUUUGACUGUCUUGUAAAGAGUCUCAAUAAAAAGUGAAUUUAUAAAAUAUUUAAAAAGACAAAUCUAGUUUAAGAUAAUUUGCGACUUUACAGUAAAUAGGUAUUUGGGUAAUAUAUUUGUAUACAGGAUAUGUGCAUUUCUUAGGGCGGACCUAUAGCUAACAUUGGCUACUUAUGCCAAGAAAUGAUGUACCUACUUAUUUGUGACGUUUCAAGAUUUUAUUGGUCGAGUAUCGCCCUGUUAAGUUACUUUAUUAUCAAUAUUCUUAGAAAAUUACAGUAUACUGUAGUUUUCGAGUCACAGUAUAAGCCAGAAUAAUAUAAUAGGUAGGUAUAUAAUUUUGAUUGUAAACAUAUAAGGUACCUACCCUAUUUUUAUAUUUAAUGUAUCAUUCCAUUUUACGGGGAUUCGUGUUUGCGGUAAAUCUAUUCGCGAGAUUACCGACGGACUAUGUACCUAAACAAGAGGUACGGUAGUAGGUACCUAGCUAUAAAUACAAUUUGUUAAGUACCUAAUAAAAG